ACAUGAUCGUUCAAAACAAAGAUUGGAAGGCUGUCGGCUGCAUUUUUUUGGUUAUUCAAGUCUCUCGUCCUCUCGUCAACUUGUUCCCGUAGCUUUUCGAUCGAAGUCUUGACAUGGUGUAUUUACAUUUUCCUUCACAAUACACAGAAGAGGAGGAAAUGCUCCAAAAGAAGUACCAGAAGUUAAAGCGAAAGAAAAAAGCGAUGCAGCAGAUCAGAACGCCUAAGCAAGAACCGCCGCAAGUACAGGCUACCCUACGGAAAGUGUCGGAAUCCAAGCCAGAUGCCAAAGAAGUGGCCAAGAAGCUCCUCAAGUCUGGGGCGAUCAGCGCCAUCAAAGUGGAGACGAAGGAACGCCACAGCUUCAAGCGCUCCAAGGCAUCCGAGCGCAAGCGCAGCCUCAAUGAUCGGCCGGGGGGCAUCGGCUAUCAGCCGUACGCCGCCAAUCACCCCACCGAGGAGGAGUCGGAAGCCGCCCCGUCAUCGACCCGUCCGGCGGUGAAGUCGCUGUACGACAGCUUUGUGAGCGGGGGCAACUUGGACGAGGACGACCCCAAGCACUUUGACCGGGACCCCGAGAAGGAGGGCCCUCCCCCCGAGCGUCCCCGGCAAGGCAACACCCUGUACGUGCACGGGGUCGGGCUGGCGGAGGACCUGCUGCGCUCGGCCUUCUCCCCCUUCGGGCCCAUCCUCUCCAUUUCCAUGGAGGUGGACAAGAACUGCGGUUUCGUCACUUUCGAGAAGAUUGAAUCUGCCGAGAAGGCCAUCGGCGAGAUGAACGGCAGUAUGGUGUCCGGGAUCAAGCUGCGGGUGUCGUACGCGAGGAGGCAGCCCUUGAUACCUCAGCAGCCAGACGGAUCCCCGGCCACAUGGACCACCCUGGCGGCAAACUACACACAAAAGGGUGGCAGCUCAGACAAGCGGAGCCUGGUGACAUACGACUUGGAGCUCUUCUAGUUCCCACCAUCGUCUUUCAUCAAUCAUUGUCUCGAUGUAAUUAGUAAUUUUAUUAUAUUAAUAAAGAAGUGUCAACA